AUGAAAUUGGAUCAACGUGAAGAGGAUCGAUCUGUAACUGCAACGCGUAUCACGAGACGAAGCGCAAGAAUGGGCGGAACGAAAAGCGGCUACGAGACGAACACCUCUACGGAGCAAUCAAACAUCAACAAAAAGUCGAGCAAAGAUGUGCCAGUGACAAAGGAAAUAGCAAAAGCCACAGCUGGCGGCAGCAUGGACGUUGGCAAGCCCGCUUUACAGCAGCAAGGAGAAACCCGAGAAGAACGCUUGAAGCGUCGCCAGAAAGACGACUCGAAUGAGAAGGAUGACGAGGAAAAGAGCAACAAUCAGCAGGAUUUGGAGGACGAAGUCGACGAGGAGAGCCCCGGAAAGCCGAACAAGCAGCGGGCAACGAUUCAUCUCUUCGACAAGAGUACCCAAUCGAAGAUCAAAGUCGGACAGCAACAUCAGGCCGUCCUCACUGCGUAUGGAAACAAAUCCAAUUCUCUUGUCGAGGAUCGUGAAGAUCGGGAUCAAGCUCUCUGGAUUCCACUACUUGCAAACGGGGAGCUCACCGCUUGCGAUCUCGACAAAUACAUUGAUGAAGCGAUGACCCUGCAUAUGAUGCCGCUUGAUCGAGCUCUUUUCAUCCUGCUUAAAAACGAAAACUCAUUCGUGAUGAAUGGUCACAUGAUGAUUCUGUCGUCUUUCAAAAUGCUUUCAACUACUAUGGGAAAAACUUCACGAUCAUUUCAGAAGCUCUUCCACAUCGUACGACCAACUCAAUCGUCAAUCAUUACUAUAAUAUCAAGAAGUCUUCCAGCUCAAAGCUCAAUCCAA